UGUUGUAGACGUUUGUCCCUAGGCGUGCCAGCAUUGGGAGUGGUGGAGUUGGUGGGGUCGAGUUCGUUUACGCUCGGACGCUGGCAGCCGGCGCGGUAAAAUAGGUGAAGCAGCGGGCCAUUGAGCGGGCACUGACGCCCGAUUUGGCGACCGCUGGGCCUCUACUGCGGCCCCUACUGCUCCCCUGGAAAAAUCAUGUUUCUUUUGAAGGUAGAGCGGUAGAGCGCCCUACGAAGCAAGAAAGGUAAUCCGGCAUGACUGACUGGGCACCAGCGCCACAGGCGCGAGGUCUGUCCGACGUACUUUUAGAGGCAAGGUUCUGACUAGUGUUGCGGAAGUCAUGGGGCGCGGUAGCGCUGAAUUUAUCGUCACGAGUUGGUGGCUGGACGUAAUUAUAUUUAUUAAAUCGUGCUUUUUACUAAUUGUAACGUGUGAUUCGCAUUAUUGGCGGCGCCUCCAGGGCACCAAAGCGGCAACUAGAACCAAAGCUAGAACCCGGACUGGUCCGUGUGGUGGGGCUCGCCGAGGCCUGCGCGUGCCAGGGGUGUGUUCGCCCAAAAAAUUGGCAUAAAAUAUUGACAGCAGACAGCCGAUCUUAUACACCCCUGGCACGCUUCAGCCUUCGCGGACUCAACCCACGGGCCGCCCUGCUUCCAGCUUUGAUCCCCCCGCUACCCCUUCGGUGCCUUGGGGAUCCUGCGCGGUAACACCAUAGAAAAAGAACCGUAACACUGAGCUUAAAGCUUAACCUCCUCCGUAGUGCCUACAUGCCUAGGCAGAGUCAUAUAUAUUCAAGGACCAAAAAGCCCCCAGAUUUUCUCUCUCGCGCCCGCUCUUACUCGCGCCUGCGCACAAUCAACUGGCGAUCCCUCAAAUUAACGUCUCGUCCAUUCCAGUAGGUUAGUAGGUCGUGGUUUACAUCCGGUACCGCAGUUGGCCCAACGUUGCGACUGAAUUUGUGGACGUUCAACCGGCGGCUCCAUUAAGUAACUAAAUCUAAUUUAAGAAUGAAUGUAGUGUAAUCGUUUGUUUAAUAUUACUGUUUCGUUAUUUUUUUUUUCGAGAAGCAGCUAUGUCGUAGCGAAUGAGCUCGGCUGUGGCACGCAGAAACGAGAGACCCCUUGUCGUCUGCUGCAGUGACCGCACGUUCGCGUUGACCGCGAGUUUUACGUUCGAUUGGAAGCGACAUGGCAUGUGCUUUACUCAGGCGUGGGUGUUACGGGCUUGAAUGGCUCAAAUCGUCUCCCAUUAUUUCGGCCACAAUGAAAUACUCGACACAAGAACAGAAAAGCUACGACUUGAUUGUCAUCGGCGGAGGGUCAGGUGGCCUUGCAUGUGCAAAGGAAGCACAGGCAUGUGGCAUGAAAGUGGCUGUGCUGGACGCUGUGUCGCCCUCGCCUCGAGGCAGCCGGUGGGGACUCGGGGGCACUUGUGUCAAUGUUGGCUGCAUACCGAAGAAGCUCUUCCACCAGGCAGCAUUGCUGGGUGAAGCCCUGAGGGACGCCCCGCUCUAUGGCUGGCAGCUUCCUGGCCAAGUUUCAACAGCCCAGGACAGUGCAGCGAAAUCCAGGCUGAACCAUGAAUGGGCCACUCUGAGAAACGCAGUGCAAGCACAUGUGCGGUCCCUUAACUGGGGACACCGAGUGCAGCUGAACAAGAAGAAGGUGGAUUACUAUAAUGCUCAUGGAAGGUUCCUUGAUCACCAGAAGGUUGUUGCCCAGGCUCCCAAUGGCAAAGAGGAAAUCCUUGUGGCCAGCAAGUUUGUGAUUGCUGUGGGAGGCAGGCCAAUCAUUCCAAAAGAUAUACAUGGCCUGUCAGACUAUGCCAUUACGUCAGAUGAUAUCUUCUCUCUAGAGAAUCCACCAGGAAAGACACUGGUGAUUGGUGCAAGCUAUGUUGCAUUAGAAUGUGCUGGCUUCUUGAAUGGACUGGGCUAUGACACAUCUGUGAUGGUGAGGUCCAUUUGCCUACGUGGGUUUGACCAGCAAAUGGCCAAGCUAGUGACUGACCACAUGACGUUAGAAGGAACAAAGUUCCUCUGGAAGUGCCUGCCCAAGGAGGUAACCAGACAGCCAGAUGGCAAGUUGAAGGUUAAGUGGUGCGGCUCUGAUGGCAGAAUCCAGGAGGACAUCUUUGACACUGUCUUGGUAGCUGUUGGGCGACGAGCAGAAACAUCAAGCCUUAACCUGGAUGCAGUCAAAGUUAAUGUGAAUCCCAAGAAUAAGAAGAUUGUUGUUGACAAGAAUGAGCAGUCAUCUGUCAGCAACAUCUAUGCUAUUGGUGAUGUGAUAGACGGAAAACCUGAGCUUACACCUGUCGCCAUUCAUGCUGGUAAGCUUCUGGCACGACGACUUGCUGGAGUGUCUUCCGAGUACAUGGACUACAACAGCGUCCCUACAACAGUCUUCACACCACUUGAAUAUGGUUGUGUCGGCAUAUCUGAAGAGCUUGCUAUUGAAACUGUUGGCAAAGAAAACAUAGAUGUGCUGCAUGCCUUCUACAAGCCACUGCAGUACACUGUGGCUCAGAGGGAUGCCAGCCAUUGCUACAUCAAGGCCAUUGUGAAACUGUCAGAACCACAGCAUGUGCUGGGACUGCACAUGACAGGGCCCCAUGCUGGGGAGGUCAUCCAAGGCUUCGCCGCUGCACUUAAGUCUGGUAUGACAAGACAGACCCUGGAGCAGACUAUAGGCAUCCAUCCAACUGUGGCUGAGGAAGUUGUCAAGUUGUGGAUAACAAAGCGGUCUGGAGAGGACCCGCAGGUCACGGGCUGCUGAGGUUAAGCGGAACGGCUGUGCUUCUAGAGCAGCUCAAUCAGGAUUGAAAUGGCUGAUUGCGUGCUCAAACAAGGAGCACAGACGUUCCAUGCACACGUUGAAGCUAGCUGAGUUGCAGUUGUCUCUGCUGUGAUGAUGCUGAACCCUUAAAAGCCAAACAUUGGUUUGGGCUUAGCUGAUGAAGCAGUGACCACACUGCACUCUUAUGGAUGAUUUCUUAGCUGGGGUAUGGUUUUAUCCUCUUAGCUGUAAUAUUGUUUAUAAUGAUUGCAAUAAAUUUGAUAAUUAUGAUUGA